GGUAGUUGAAUUGACAACAUCAGAGUUACAAGGCAGUGAGGCUGUUAAAGCAAAUAUUUUGGCAUGCUUGAAGGGAGAAGAGGUGACAAUGCUUGGAGUUUGGGGGAUGGGGGGAGUCGGGAAAACAACAAUAAUGAAGCAUGUCCAUAAUGAACUUCUAAAAGAAGGUAAAUUCAAGAAAAUAAUUUGGGUAACUGUGUCACAAAACUUUGAUAUCCCCAUAUUGCAAGAACAAAUUGCAUGCAGCUUGAAGGGAAAGUUGGAAAAGCUUCAAAAUGCAACUAGUCGUGCAGGAGUGUUGUCAAAGAUGCUAGAAGAACAAAAGCCUCACUUGCUGAUUCUUGAUGAUGUGUGGAGCAGUUUCAGACUUGAAGAUGUCGGAAUUCCUAAGCCAAAUGUAACUAAUGGCUGCAAGUUAGUAUUGACUACACGGUUACAAGAUGUUGCUUGUUCAAUGGAUUGUAGAAUAAUCCAAGUGAAGAAUCUUUUAAAAGAGGAAGCUUUAAAAUUGUUCUUGAAUGAAGUUGGAGAUACUGUCUUAUCAGAUCAUGGAGGAGGCAUUAAAAGGGAUUUAGAAUCAACUUUGAAGGAGAUUGUGGAUGAAUGUGAUGGUCUUCCAUUGGCACUCAUUACAGUUGCUGGUAGCUUAAAAGGAAUAUCUGAUUCACAGUUGUGGAGUCUUGCACUGAAUCAAUUGAGAAAAUACAAAAGAAAUGUAGCAGGUACAUAUGCUGAUGCAUUUCAGAUAUUAAGGUUCAGUUAUGAUCGUUUGGAAAACCAACAGAUCCAAUAUUGUUUCUUAUAUUGUGCACUGUAUCCUGAGGAUCACAAGAUUCUGAAGGAGGAAAUAAUUGAAAGCUGGAUUGACGAGGGGUUUAUAGAUGAAAUGGAAUCUCGACAAUUAAUGAGGGGUGAGGGUUAUGGUAUUUGGAAGAAGCUUGUUGACAGUAGCUUGUUAGAAUUCAUUGAAGAUGAAUAUACAGGAGAUUGUGUGAGGAUGCAUGAUCUUAUUAGGGACAUGGCCUUAGACAUUACAAGAAUGAGCCCUCGGUUCUUGGUAGAAGCUGGCAAGGCAUUGAAAGAGUUACCAGAGAGGGUAAAUUGUGCAGAAGGUGUUGAAAAGGUUUCAUUAAUGCAUAAUUAUAUUGAAGAAAUUCCAUCAAGCUUGGCAUUUUCAACAUGCAUAAGGCUCACAACCUUGCUGUUGGGCCAUAACAGAUUGUCAACAAUUCCAGAAUCUGUCUUUGAGCACAUGCUAGAGCUAAGAAUUCUUGAUCUGUCCUUCAAUCUGGAGUUAAGUAGCUUGCCAAAUUCUGUCUCCAAAUUGGUGAAGCUUACUACAUUGUUGUUGGAAUCAACAUCCCUAAAAGAGUUACCAUCUUUAUCAAGCCUUGGAUCCUUGAAAAAGUUAAACCUUAGGGGGACAAUAAGAAUCAAAGAAGUCCCUGAAGGCCUGGGAAUGUUGAAGAAUUUGAAAUGUCUUUUUCUUGAUGGAUCUGAAAUAGAUGAAAUAGCAGAUGGAGUAUUAUCAAAUCUCUCCAAACUUCAAGAGUUUAUUGUAGAUGAGUGGAGAAUAAAAUUGAAGGGGAACGUGGUUGGGAGAUUGAAGAAGUUGGAAGUUUUUCAUGGCUGGUUCCCCACUGCGAAUGACAUGGGAAUCUUUCUCAAAUGUCAGCCUAAUGGGCUGAGUACCUAUGUUAUUACUGUUGGAAGCAAGUGGAAUAGGAGGUAUAACAUUUAUGCUGCUAUAGAAGAGUCACCAAGAUAUAAGAAAAUAAUGGUGUUCAAGGAGACUAGUAUUGUUGGAGAGAAUAUGUUAUUUCCCACUGUACAAGUAUUAUGUAUUGAAGCUUGCCACGACCUAAGAAGCUUAAAUGAUUUUUCUGCAAUCAAAGAUGCAACGGAUUUGAGGAAAUGUUUGAUUUUGUAUUGUGAUGGCGUGGAGUGCGUUCUUCCCUCGUGGAUAAACAACUCAGUCGUCCAAACCCUUGAGUAUCUGUCUCUUAGAGGUUUGCACAAAUUGGAUGGGCUGUUUGAAGCAAACGUCAUGGCGACGUCAUCACCUCCACCUAGGGCUUUUUCAUCUCUCCAAACAGUUGUGAUUUGGCAAUGCAAAAAAAUAAAGAAGUUGUUUCCAUCUUGGAAGUUGGCAGAAUAUCUCCAAAGUCUAAAGAAGAUUGAAGUCAAUGAUUGUGAAGAAAUGGAAGAAAUAAUAGGAUCAGAUCCAGAAGAAGAAGGAGGGGACAUCAUCAAGAAGCUCAUUCUUCCAAAAUUAGAAAAACUAGAAUUGUGGAAUUUGCCCGCAUUAAAGAGCAUUUGUAGCAGGAGGACAGUAAUGGUAUGUGAUUCUCUUGAAUUUAUUGAUAUUAAGAAUUGCGACAGCCUAAGGAGGAUGCCUUUUCGUCUCCCUAGUCGUCUAUCUCUUGAUGAGUUGGACAACUUGGAUUGGGUGUUUGAAGUAGAAUUGAUUGCCAUGUCACCACCUCAACUUCGCACUUUUUCAUCUCUUAAAAAAGUUACGAUUAGCAAAUGUAGAAGAGCAAAGAAGUUGUUUCCAUCUUGGAAGUUGGUGGAAUAUCUCCAAAGUCUAGAGAGGAUUGAAGUCAAGGAUUGUGAAGAAAUGGAAGAAAUAAUAGCUUCAGAUCCAGAAGAAGGAGAAGAAGGAGAGAACAUCAUCAAGAAGCUCAUUCUUCCAAAAUUAGAAGAACUAGAAUUGUGGAAUUUGUUCGCAUUAAAGAGCAUCUGUAGCAGGAGGGCAGUAAUGGUAUGUGAUUCUCUUGAAUCUAUUUCCAUUUGGGAUUGCGAGGGCCUAAGGAGGAUUCCUUUUCGUCUCCCUCCACGUGUAUCUCUUGGUGGGUUUGACAACUUGGAUUGGCUGUUUGAAGUAGAAUUGAUUGCCAUGUCACCACCUCAACUUCGCACUUUUUCAUCUCUCGUAAGCGUUAAUAUUAUGUUUUCCGAAAAAUUAAAGAAGUUGUUUCCAUCUUGGAAGUUUCUGGAAGAUCUCCAAAGUCUUGAAAGGAUUUAUGUCCAGAACUGUGAAGAAAUGGAAGAAAUAAUAGGAUCAGAUCCAGAAGAAGAAGGAGAAGGAGGGGACAUCAUCAAGAAGCUCAUUCUUCCAAAAUUAAAAGAACUAUUAUUGCGGAAUUUGCCCGCAUUAAAGAGCAUCUGUAGCAGGAGGGCAGUAAUGGUAUGUGAUUCUCUUGAAGAGAUUAGAAUUUGUUGUGGGCUUUUAAAAUGAAAAAUGAGCUUAAUUUAUGGGUUAUCUAGUCAAAACUCACUAAUCCAAGAUGAAAAGCUUUAAAGGAAAUAGGCUAAAAGUCCAGCUGCCAAACAGAAGGUAAAAUCAAGAUUUUACCUGAUU